AUGUCCACCUCUAGAGACCGGGAGCCGGCUGCUCAGAGCACCAGAGCAAAGGGCUCCCAGCCGGAUCCGGAGCCCUCAGAAUUUCAGGAGGGGGCGGGGGCCAUGCUCAUUCCUAGAGGCAGCAGCACGCAGCUCCGAAAGAGCGCAGCGGCGGAGGCUGGUGGCCUCUGCCCACUGGAGAAACGUAACCGGGAGUGCUCGGUGCCCAGCCCCGCUGCUUCGAGCGAGACGCCCCCUUUCGCCGCGCCCCCACCCCCUCCGGAGCCUCUCUUACCUUCCCCAGCAGCAGAGGCCCCACGGGCGAGCAAGGACUUGAUCCAGCGACUUGCAAAGCCCCCGGAGCGCACCGCGUCGCCAGCCGCCGAGCCGCGCGCCCGAUCCGAGCUGGGGCUACUGUCGCUGCCGCCCCCGACUCUCUUUGGGCCCCGCCGAGACGUUCCCAAGAGCGCACCCGCGGGCGCUCUCAGGCUCCUCCCCACCCCCUGCCUGGCGGAGCCCCCCGGGCGCCAGAGGGGUCCAGAUGCCCUGGCUGCGGGUUGUGCUAGGCGCGCGGGCCCGGAGUCGGGCCAGGACGCGGCGCGGACGCUUGUGCCGCCGGCUCGCCCGCUCAGCUCGCUCUGCCGGGGCCGCCGCCAACGCCGCGCCCGCCGCCGCCGCCGCCACCACCGCCUGCGCCCGCCGCUCCCUCUCCGGCCGCGCCGCCGCUCCGUCCUGAAUCUGAACUCUUUUCCCUCCCUGUCUCCCUGGGAUUUUUUUUUCCUGAUCAGCAAGGAGGCUUCCUGCCUACCCUGCCCACCAGAAGAUCUCUCUGAAUCCAUCACCAGCAGAGGAGGCUUGGGGAGCCAUGGCUCUUUUGGAGGAUCCUCACAAAAAGGGUGCCAGGCCCUAGGUAAUGGCACAGCAGACACCCAGAGGUGGGCAGGUGUAGCAGUGUUGGCUCCAUCAGGUUACACUCCUCUGAGGGGUGACCAGCACCAAUCUGUGUUGGGCCUACUGGGACUGGAGCUGGGGAGAGUGGCCGCUCCUCUUCACUGGCGCUCCUCACCCCUGCUGUUUGGAAAAAUACUAGAGCUCAACUUGCCUUCCAUGAGCCCAAAAAAAGACUCUGCCACUGGGCUCCAUGGAUGGACGGUAGGAUCUAGCACCACUCGUGCAGAAAAGAGGAAGCCCAACCUCUGCCUUCAGAAGACUAAGGUGCUGGUGUCCACAGCCAUCAAGCGUCACCAGCUGCUGUCUGAGCCAGAGCUGCUGAAGGCUGAGCCCACCCACAGGUACCACAUAUGGAGCCGGAUCCUACAGGCACUGAAUGCACUGGAUUACUGCCACCAAGGUGUGGUGGACCUGAAGCACACGUGGGUAGACCCGUUUGCUGUUGUGUGGCACAAACCGGGUGAACUCCAGAAAAGUGCCUCAGCUCAGUCUGGCUACAGCCCUGGCUCUGGUAAGCUGCAGGCCCUGGCGCUCACACCCAUGGAGCAGGUGGUAGUUAAGAUCCUUCUGUGCCAGGCCGUGCUCCCUGAGGGUUUCAGCCUGCGACUGCCCACAAGCAGCUUGCCUACCGGGCCACCACUUCUGUCCUGUAGAAAGGUGGCCCCACCUUCACUGCCUUGCUGUACCUUCCUUCUAGGUGACCUGUUCUUGCUCUGUCUCCUCAUUGUCCCCACUACCACUGUAACCAUCUGGAACGUUCUUAUUCCGCCAUUUUCUGCUCCAGUCACUCUCUCACCGGCCCAUCCAUCUGCUCACAAUACUUUCAAGAUCUGUGACACUUGUGACCGCCUGGCUAGCUUUCAGCUCUUCCUGACCCAGGUCUGGGCAGAACUGAGCUGAGACAGGCUUGCUAGGAUCUCAGUCACUCGGACUAUGAUAUAAGUUACACGCUGGCACGUAGCUAAGGCACAGCCCCGUCUGAGGUGCCGAUACUGUUCCAGGAAUGCUCAAUAACUUGCUGUGGUGUGAAACAUGCUAUGCUGUGGGUUUCUUUUUAAAAAAAGAGAUGAGGCCUCACUGCGUGCUGCAGGCUGGCCCAAACUCCUGGGUUCUAGUGACCCUUUCUCUGCAGCCGCCAGGAACGGGAGGAUCAGGUGUGAGAGAUACUGUUCUGGUUUUUCUGGCUUAUCAUCCCCAACAAAGAUGUCCUUACUGGCAGAUCCAGCACUACAGCAUUGGGUGAGUUCAACUGGGACCUGGAAGGUGGAGUCUACCUGGAGCCAGUCUUAGUCUUUCAGCCUGGGCUCUGUUCGGCACCUGACAGGUUGAGGAGGCCAACAGAGGUUAGUGCAGACUCAAAGCCCAGGAGCAUAUUAGGUGUGGGGCGCAGGCACUGGGGGAGCCAGGCUGAUGUGUGGAAUGAAUGGUGCCAGAGCUGUCAUCAGUAGGUGAGCUGGGCAGGAGGUCAGAUCCCUGUGUGAGGUUCCGGCUGCAGGUGUGCGUGACAGCUCACAGCUAGACUGGUUCCCAGAGCUCAGGGCUAGCUUAGGAUACCUGCUCAGAUUUACGCUCCCACCGGCUGCUCAGAGAAGCUCAGAGAAGACUGAGAUAUCCCAUGCCUGUGGUUGUAGCAAAUCUGGCAGUAUUUGAAAGGGGGUCUGGGCAGAACUUGAGACUGGCUCCUUUGCAAGUACUGUAGCAGACUGUUUUAUAUUCCCUCCCUUUCUCCCUUCUCCCCUCCCUCCUCCCCCCUCUCUUCCCUACCACUUCUUUUCUCCUUCCCUGCCUCUCUUUUUCUGUGUGUGUGUGUGUGUGUGUGUGUGUGUGUGUGUGUGUGUUUGUGUGUUCAUGUGCACGUGGAGGUAUGAGGUCAACCUAGGGUGGCGUUCCUCAGGAGCCAGUCACCUUGGUUUUUGAAACAAGGACUCUCAUUUGGCCUGGAGCUUGCGAUUAGGCUGGCCAGCUGGUCAGUGAACCCAUCUGUCUCUACUUCCCCAGUGCUUGGAUCACAAGUGCCCCUCUGUACCUGGCCUUUUAUGUGGUUUUGGGACUGGAGCUCACAGCCCUUGUGAUUGCACAGUGAGUGCUUUACCCACAGAUCUGUGUCUCUAGCUCCUUACAGCAUUCCUUUAUUGAGAUAACACUCGUGUUGAAAUUCGCCAUUUUAUCCCCGCUCCCCCACUUUUCUUCCCUCCAGUCCUGCACAUGCUAGGCACCUGCUGUACCCUGGGCUACCCCUCCAGCCCUCUCCCUCUUCUCCAAAUGCAAGUUUCAUGGUUUUCAGCAUUUCUUUUCCUUUGCAUGUCUGUUACUCCAUCUAAGUCCAGUGCAGCCCCAUGAUCCCCAGGUACUCUGUACCCUUGGUAGCUGGUGAUAGUCCCAUCCUCUGAUCUAGCCCUUGAUAGCCCGAGGUCUAUCUGCCUUGUCUUUGCCCCUGGUAGUUUCUCUGAAUACUGCAUUCCCACCGAGUCUUCUCUGCAGCUUGGAGCUUUACUCGUCUCCACUAUGGAUGGAGAUUUGUCUACCCUGGUCUUAGGAAUCAGUGUGCCACAAGCUCUGUGGUGGCGCCUUCCUCACGCUGACUCGACUCAGUCUCCUUCCUUCUAGACUUGAGAGUUUGCUUGAUCUCAGUGUUAUCCCUGCACCUUCUUGCCCACAUCUUCCCUAAGAGCUGUCUGCUUUCCUGGGGUGCAUUGUGCCAAGCCUGAGCACAGGCUUAGUCCUAACCUGGCCACAGCCUGGGCCUGGUACUGGUCACAUGCCCUGGCACUCCUGUGGCGUAAGCUGACUCAUGCCACCUCACCAGUCUCAGUGCUUGUUCUACUUGGUAAGCUGUCCCCAGCCUUCUUUGGAUCUCAGUUUAGCAUGCUUCGGGGGCCAGGCUCUCAUCAUGCCUGCUAGAGACAUAAAUGUCAGGGUGCAAUGGUGUGUUAGAUCACAGGGAAAAACAGAGCUUGGAAGGACAGCGUUUGGUACUUCUGGCUAGUGAGGCACCCAGUCUCAUGUCAGUGCAUGAUUCCAUGUAGCCUGAGACCCUACCCCGUGGCAUUCUCAUUUUUGGCUUUUCUUCUUAGCAGAUCUCCCUUGGAUCAGUUCUUGAUUGCAUAGACUCCCGAGUCUUGUCCAGGAGCCUUUGAGUACUACCCUUCCUCCUCAGGGAUCCAUGAUAGUUUUUCACCUGCGAUGCAUGUGUAUGAGGCUUCUCAGCUUGGCUCUCACUAGGAAUCUUCCCUCUUCUUGCUUACAUAGAGGCCAUGCCAGCAAUCACCUGGGCAAGUACCACUGAGAGCCAGGAACAACCUUUGGUGCCAAUCUUUAGUGAAGUUUUUUAUGCCUUUUGGAGGUCGGACUUUGUCCUCUGGGGAGAGCCUCCCAUAGCUGUUCACCAAGGCCUUGGGUUUGCCUUGAAACAUGGAUAGGAGAAGAGCUGCAUUCAGCAGCAGGGGUGGGGGCAGUCUUCGGGAUGCUGGGUUGCCAUGUGUUGUCAAUCUGUAUCCCUUUCCUGCUGCAGGUGGACCAUGAUGUACACUGUUGCAAAACUUGUGAGGGUUUGCUGGAUAGUUUUAUGUCUACUUGACUUAAACUAAAGUCAUCUGAGAGGAGGGAACCUCUUGAGAUCAGGCUGCAGGCAAGCCUGUAGGGUAUUUUCUUAGUUAGUGAAUGAUGGGGGGGGGGCCCAGCCCAUUGUGGUGAUGUCACCCCCAGCUGGUGGCCCUGGGUUCUAAGCAAGCCAGAGGGAGAAACCCAAUAAGCAGCGCCCCUCCAUGGACUCUGCAUCAGCUCCUGCCUCCAGGAUCUUGCCCUGUUUGAAUCCUGUCCUGACUUCCUUCAGUGAUGAACAGUGACGUGGAUGUGUAAGCCAAAUAGAUCCUCUCCUCCCCAAGUUGCUUUGGUCAAGCUGUUUCAUCGGAGCAAUGUCCCUUUGUAUCUGCCCUCUACCCUCACAACCUCCCUCUUAAAGGAAAAGAAGAUAGAAUGAAAAAAAAAAAACCCUGUCAUGGAAGCUGUAGUGUGAUACAGUGUGUCACACAGUAUACUGUUUUUGUCCACCCUUCUUUACUUGCAAAUGUUCAUUACAGUGAGUCAUUGGUGCCUUUCCAGGCUUCUAUCUUCUGCUACACUAUCAAUAUUGGGUCCUCACAGGGAUAUCCUGUUGUUGCCCAGUGUCUUGGAGAUCCUGCAGCUUUCAAUCUGCAGUACAGACCCUUUCACCUGCUCCAGCAGUUUAUAGAUAGGGUAGAUGGGGUGGGCCAACUCAAAGCCCUGGAUUUGUGUCCGGGUGAUAGCUGAGUUGGUCAGUGUGCCAGUUCACCAGUGUUCACCUCACCAGGGCAAGCUCUCCUAUAAUGCCCCAGCUAGCUCACCCAAUGGUACAGCAAGGGGCAGGGCUAGCUCUCCUUCGCUCACACCCACAGGGCCAGCUCACCCAUACCCCUGCCAGCCACCUUGGUUAGCACGGCUGUGCUGCUCAGGUGAGGUGCAGGGCCCACUGUCCCAAGUUUUCCAGUUCUCAUGACCUCAGGGCUACCUCUCCCACCUGCCCCAGGCAGUGAGGGGCCAGGAUGGGGAAGCCAUCUUUUACCCAAGCCACCCCAUAGCUGACUAGGGUGGGGUUCAGCUCUCCCAUGUUCAUGCCCUGAAAGCUGACUCCCCCACUCUCCUGCCAUCACCGCCAGUUCUACUGUGCUCUCCAGGUGAGGGGCAGGCCAGCUCUCCCAAAUGUGAUGGCCAUCAAUGGGCGGUACCAUCUCAGUACGGUGCCUCAGACAGCAGUCUAGACUGGGGACAUCUGCAUGGCCCUUGGUAGUAACAGGGGCUGGGACGUCAACACCGACCCUGGCUGCCAAAGGCCUACAUACAUACAUAGAUGUGGCCCCGGCAGCAGCCUGGGCCUGGAUGUCCCCAUGGCCUCAGGUGGCAGAGCAGCCCAUUCAGAUUAGCAUGUCCCCACUUGACAGCACAGCUCUCAGAUAUCUACAGGGUGUCCAGUGUCAGCACAGGCCACAUUCAUUGACACAGACCCCAGCUGCAUCAGGACCAUGGACCCAGACACGGCCUUUGGUGGCAGCCCAGGCCAGAACCUCACCAUGGCCUCCUCAUAGCUGCCUGCUUCUCACAGCCAGUUCUGCCUUUCUCCACAGUGUAGGAACCCUCAGAUUCACUUUCUCUUCUACCCGUUUGUCACAUGCUCCAUCUUUCCCAUCACACAUUCCAUCACACAUCCGGCCAUUGCAGUGGCACCUGCAGUAGGCCCUUGGGUGUCUCUCUUCUGGCCUCCCAGGGCCGGUGGUACUGGACCAGGCCCUUGGUUGUCUUCCUCCCUUCUGGCUGCCCCAGGGGAUAUGCAGAUCCUACUUUUUCCAGGAGGGUCGAUGCCUAAGGGAGGAGCUGCUGGUUAUGUCCUCGGGGAGACUUUGAAAGUAAUGGUGUUUUGUGAAAGCCUCUGAGUAUCAGGUGCUCAUUGGCUCUCCACCCUCACAGGCCCAUGUCGACUGCUCGGGUUUUACUCAUUGCACGUGGCUUUUAGUCUGCACCCUCCAGUUACUGAGAGCUCACGGGCAUUGGCCGUCUGUACUCUCUCUGUGUCCGCCUGUUUAGCUCCAUUGUUGGUGUUCUCUUGGGUUGUCAUGUUGUGAGUUUGCCUCUUCUGUACACAAGAGCUUUGUCAGAUGCCUGUAAUUGAAUAUUUUCUUGUAGACUAUGGCUUGUUUUACUUAACUAUGACUUUUUUUGAAGGUCAUGCCCUUUGUUGUUUGGACCAUUUCUUUGAUGACUUUUCUGUUUGUUGUUCUGCCCGAGAAGACGUUGACCAGCACAGGGUAGGUUAGAGUAUCGUCUUCUUACUUCACUACAGAUGUUGGGGCUCCAACAUGUAUGUCUGUGACUCAUGGUGCUCUCUGUGUGUGGGAAUUUGAGGCCUUGGUGGAUGAGAGGUGUUUCCCUCUCCGUGGAUCACUUAGCUCUUGUCUCCUUCAGUUCAGUGGGUGUUUGACUGUAAAAUGUGUCUUGGAACAAGUUGGGAAACGAUCCCUCCAUUUUCUGAGGAGUUUAUGUAGAAUCCAUGUGAUCUUUCCUGUAAAUAUUUGGCAGAAUUUGCCAGGGAAGCCUUCUGAGUCUGGAGUUUCCACUGGGAGACACUGAACUGUACUUCAUUCUCCUUCAGGCUGCAGUGGUGCCCACGGUGACCGCUGCUUCUCAAGUGACCUGAUUUUUAAAGGCCUUACCCAUUUCAACUAAACUGUCAGAACAGUGGGACACUGUGUGUCCUCCUCCUGCCUAUGGGAUCUGCAGUGGUGUCUCCUCCUCCAUGGCUAGUGUUGCUGGUCUGUGUUUGUACCCCCACCCCGUGUGUGUGUGUGUGUGUGUGUGUGUGUGUGUGUGUGUGUGUGUGUGGAGUCCUGGCUGACAUCCAGCUUGUUAUGUAGAGCAUGCUGACCUGGAACUUAAUGGUGAUCUUUGACUGUUUGCCUUGCAGGUGCUGGGAUCCCAGGGUUCCGGGUGUGUGCCACGGCACCCAGGCUUACUCUUUUGUUUUGAUUGUCCGGUAUAACUUUAUUGUUUUAGAUAAUCUAAGAUAGAAUUGGAGUUAAUGCAACUAAUGUAAAGUUAUCAAUCUCACUGUUUCUAAGAAGCAGGCUCUGGUCGCAUUGACUUUUCUCUAAUAUUGGUUGACUUUUUUUUUUUUUUUUUUUUUAAAUCUCGCCAUCUUUGUGUUCUCCCUUCUGUUUCCUUUGGGUCAGAUAUCCUUUUGUUAUUUUUUAGGUCAUCAUCUGAGAUGAUUCUUCUUUUCUGAUAACUGUUUGUUAAUAUAAGUUUUCCUUUAUGUGUUGUUUUACUUGUAUACAUUAAACAUGUCAUUCCCAGUUUACGCAGUUAAUAUUUUUGGAUUUUCCUUAUAAUUUCUUAUCUCCCUUACUUAUUGAGAGCGUGCUGCCUAAUUUCAGGUACCUACGUAUAUCCACAGGCGUCUUUGUGCUGUUAAUUUUUAGGUCUCUUCUGUUCAGAGAAUGUGUAUUUUGUAUGGUAACUGCUGUCAUAAACACAUAGAGACUUGGUUUAUGGUCUGAAACGUGACACAUCUGGAUGAGCAUCCUCAUGUUCUGUCAGGAGCAUGGGCUUAGCUUCUGUGGCAUUGACUGGUGCUGUGUUCAGGUCUCUGUCUCCUCACUGACUUCUGCCCGCUUGCUCUGUUGUCCGCUGUGACUUAACCUUUGGUUGUGGGUUUGCAGUGUCCCUUCCCAGCCUUGUCCGUUUGCCUUCAUGUAUGCUCAAGCUGGGUUAUUGAGUGUGUCCCAUUUGCCAUUUAACCUUGUGCAAUCGUCCUUCUCUUGUCCCUGGUUGUAUUGGUUCUGAAUUCUGCUGUCUGCUGUCAGUUUGCCCACGGUGUAUUUUCCAUCCCUCUUACCUAGCCAUAUCUGUUCUGUAGUAGAUUUAUGCAUAUUCUGUGUGAGUUCUUGCUUCUCGCCACCUCAGUUGGCAGCCUCUGCUCUGUGAGUGAGUUGGUGCUGUUGGACGCAGCCUGUGGAAACUGGAAAGCUUCCUGUCCCACCUUCUCUACUAGGAAGUAGUACAGGGACAUUUAAAAUGUGCAGCUUAAGAAUGAAUCAUUUUAUUUAAUUUCAGUACAUAAUGAAAGUUUACAUUCAGACUCCGCCCUGGCGAGGUGUGGCUGGCCUGGCCUCCUCCUGUCCAGCCUUUCAUCCAUGCUGCAAAUGCCAGAGGUUUCCUCCACUCUGCCCACUUGAUGCAUGCUUUCCAGCGUUUGGUUGGAACAGGCUCUCUCCUUUUAUUUGUAGGAAAUAAAUAUCUACUUGGCGCCUAUUUUUGAAAUGUAUUUUCAGUAUUUUUGAAAUGUAUUUUCAGUAUUUUUCUACAGUUGUUUUUCUUUUCCGGACCCUCCUUUUCUUGGAGCAAUUGAACAACUGAUUAGUAUCCAUUUUUUUUUUUUUUUUUUUACCAUUGUUAGGGCUUAGUAACAAUUUCUACUGACCAUCUUAGUGGUUGCUUUCUAGUUCACAGUGUGUAUCUUUAUCUCUUAGGCCUGCCUUGAAACCUACAACCCUCUGCCUGCAUAGUUCUUACUGCCCUUGUUCAUUCAUAAGUAUUUUGUUCGUCCCCCCCCCCCAGUAUGCUAACAGCUAUCAUUAACGGCAUGUUAUUACUGAUUUUACUUAACAGUCAAUUUUCCUUUAGAUACACAGACGUGAGAAGAGGCCUGUUUAAAUCCCUCUCCCUCUACACCAUCCCGGCUCUCUUCAGCUCUUUAUUUAGACUGAGAUUUCCUUUGCUUGGUGCUUCUGACCUGAAUAACUUACUUCAACACAUUCUGUGGUGCACAUUUGGUGGGAACAGGCUCUCACUCUUUAUUUGUAGAAAAUAAAUAUCUACUCCACAUCUAUUUUUGAGAUAUACUUGCAGUGAGUAUAGAGUUCAGCUGGAAGGUCUUCUUCUUUCUGUAUUUAAAGGUGCUAUACUUCACCAUCUCCCUCCGACCCACCCUAGGCCCUGUGUGCUCGGGGAGAGGGGAGGUCCUCCUCUGCCCUUGGACGCUGUCUGCUUUCCAGUGGCUUCUUGCCUCAGAUGUGGCUCAUUGCUUGGGGUUUAUUGACAUUUAGUUGCUGCAGUUUAUAGUUUUGUAGAAUUUAGAUGCUUUUGAAGUCUCUUUUGAUUGCUUGCUUAUGUGUUUAUGCACCCCUCUUUCCAUGUGUGCCCUGGACUUUGGGGUAUGGCCAGGGAUCCUGGACCUCUUUUCACUUUCCUUGGUCUUUUUUCUUUUGGUUUAGUUUCUCCUGUUAUUUUUCCUGCCCACUAGCCCUCUUAUUUUACGCCACAAUUGCUCCCUAGCUGUGGGCAGUUACUUGCAGUAUUCUCGCUGCCUCACCCCUCCCUGGUGCUGAGGACUGGACUCAGGCCAUUGCCACUGACCUGCAUUCCUUUCAUACACACAUUUCAGCUCUCCGUGGACUUACAGCUCCCUGGGAUCCUUGCUCCCCUGAAGUUGCUCUUUCCUCGGCUUCACAGGGCUUUGGCUUGUAUAGGCACAAAUCAGUGUCUGGCCGGAGGCAGGUGCCCGGGGCAGAGCUCCAGAGUGUACCCCUCUCACUGGCUGUGCUGGCCCUGCUUGCAGCGGCUCUGCCUCAUCGCUCUUAGGGUUGACUUUGUAAACCUCAGAAGCAGUUGAACCUUCCCAGAGUCCCUCCUUGCUCAGCAGGCUCAUGUGAACAGCUCGUUUUUCUCCUCCUCUCAGAAUUCCAGCACUGUACAGCAAUGGGGGGGAGGGGGCUCAGGCCAGUCUGAGGCAGACAAGCUCCAGGCUACACAUCAAACAGUGGGGCUUUGCUUAGUUUUGCCUAGGUGUCUAUGUAGCCCUGGCUGGUCUGGAACUCUCCAUCUUGCUUCUGCUUCUGAGUGCUGCCAGGAUGUGGCUAUCACACCUGACAGCCACAAAGGACAAGAGCCAGGCCCCUCCCUUCCCCUUCCCAGUGCCCAGCUGCAAUUCUGCCUUCCCAGCAUCCAGUGGUUGGCAGAGAACUGGCCCUGCAGAAUCUGUGCUCCUUCCCUUCAGUUCAGUGUUGGUCUGCCAUUUGUCUCUGUUGGUACUGCGCAUACAUGUCGGGACCUUGCAGGCUGGUUAGGAGACAUCACAUGUAGCAUAGCAGAGCAGAGCAGUGAGGUAUACUGGGAUGUUUUUUUCAGGUUCUGGAAGAGGAAACCCUGGUAGUUUCUGGAGGCUGGAAGUAGAGAAACUAGUUUAACCCAAGCUAUUAUGGUGAGAACUACCCACGUAAUUUCCCCGUGCAGAAGCUUGAGUCCCUGCAGCCUCUUUCUUUCGCCAUCAGAGAAAGCCUUGCCUUUUCUAAGUGGGCCAUGGGCAUUGGGCUUUUGCCACCAGACUAGGCAAAGAACUGGAUGGCCCACGUCUUGACACAGAGAGGAAGCAGCUGGAAUAGACUGGGCAGAAGGGGGCAGCCUGUGAACAGUCGGUAUCUCAGCAGGAGGUCAAACCCUAGGACUCUUUGGCAGUUCUGGUGUGAAUACGGAAGGCUCACAGGCCUUCUUACCUUCUGAGAGGAAAGCAGACUGUGGUACUGCAGUCAGCCCUGUGCAGCAACGCUAGCCCGGCUCUAGUUCUCUGCCACAUUCUGACUCCACUCCUGGUCCAAUCCAGCUCCUUUGUCUGAGCACCAUCCUCAAAACAAAUGUUCGUCACUUGGCUGCAACACCCUCAUUGGGCCUGUAGGCAGCCUGGGGAACAGGGCACAGCCCGAGGCUUGGCAGUUGCUAUGCAGGGUGAUGGCUAGCAGUAGUGUGGCUGGUGGCCAGGAGUGCCCACCAGUGAGCCUGCUCCCUGAAGCGUUAGGCCUCUCGGACAUGGUAAAGAAGGUGUCCACACUGGGUUGGUCUCUCUAGGAGAUGGUUCCACGUCUGGCAGCUAUGCCUCCCCCCUGCAGCUAAAGUCCCUGUGAGAACAUCAUUCAAGUGUCUCACAUAUCCCUGCCUGGACAGCACAUGGGGGUAGGGGACAGUGUGCACUUAGAGCCCACUUGCUCUCAUUGUUAUGCAGCUGGUCACUAUGCCCACAGCAGUGGCAGGGGCAGCCUCUCACACCUAGAUGGUUGUGUUUUCAUCAUGCCCAGCCAGCUACCUGGCCCUUUCUUUUGAGUUCCCAUUUACACAUGAUGAAUUGCUCAGAGAUCAAGUGUGCAUUCUGGGAAUUUUACCUUUUUUUUUUUUUAAUGGUACCCGGGAUUGAACUCAACUCCUGUCAUAGUAGCCAAGCAGCCUUUAAGCUAAAUAAAUCCCCAGGCCUCUGUUCUGGGCAUCCUGUCAAAUUCCUGUUCCUCUGUACUCUCGGAUCACCUGCUUCUGUCUGUUGGACACUCAUGUCUGCCCACCCUCCUCUGUCACCUGCUGCCGACUGUUGGACACUUCGUGCCUGUCCAUCCUCCUGUGUCACCUGCUGCUUACUGUUGGGCACUUGUGUCUGUCCGGCUUCCUGGUCUCCUGGCCACUGUCAUUUCCUCAGGUCAUGAUAGGCCUAUACCCAGCCUGCACAUUGUCAUUGCAAGGGGCCUUGUCACUUUUUUCUUACUGCAGAGUAAUUUUUUAUGCUUCUGUUGUGUUCUUAGGGUUUUGUUAAAUUGGUAUAGAUUUUUUCUAGCACUGAAGUCAUCAGUUCAGCCACGUUGAUGAUAUAUCAGUGUUUUUAGCGUAUUUAUCGGUAUCCUGAUUUUAUUUUUGUUACUGUUAAAUAUACCCCCAAGAAAAAAGCAACUUAGGGGUAAAAAGUUUUAUUUUCACUCACAAUGUCAGGUUGUAGUCAAUGCUGCAGCAAAGCCAUGGUGGCAGGAACUUGAAGCAGUCAGUUACAUCAUAGUUAACAGUAGAGAAGAGAUGGGGAGGUAUGCAUGCUUACGGCUCAGCUAAUUUUCUCUGCUCCUGCUUUGAGGUGCUAUGGAUACAGAAUCUGGAAUGUGAAUUUUCAUCAGGGAGACUGGGGGCCAAGGAGCAUACACGAAACUUCAAGGACCUAGAAUAUGUUUCUUGCUGAACUUUUGUUAAGAGCAACUGAUACACAGACACUGUGUUCAGAUACUAUGUGCACAGAUACUGUGUGCGCAGAUACUGUGUGUGCAGAGACUGUGUGUGCAGAUACUGUGUGUACAGAUACUGUGUGUACAGAUACUGUGUGCACAGAUACUGUGUGCACAGAUACUGUGUACGCAGAUACUGUGUGUGCAGAUUCUGUGUGUGCAGAUUCUGUGUGCACAGAUACUGUAUGUGCAGAUUCUAUGUGUGCAGAUACUGUGUGUGCAUAUUCUGUGUGUGCAUAUUCUGUGUGUUGUGUGUGCAGAUUCUGUGUGUGCAGAUACUGUGUGUGUAGAUACCAUGCAAUCAUUGAACCACGUUUAUAAGGAAUAGAGGGUUUUUCUUUUUAACAGAUCACCAGUGAGAAUGAAGACAAGUGUGGACAAGAAAUACACUUGAGCAGAGGAAGCCUUUGCAUCUCAACACAGUACAUUCUAUUUCUUGAGUUAUAAGUGCCCAUCGUACAGACCGUUUCCUUCUACCCUUAGUGUGCCAAGGGUCAGGAUGCUUUUAGAAUGUGUUUCUUUCACAGACCAGACUCCUGGCAAUACCGAAGUCCUAUACCUGGAGUGGUGCCACCCACAUUCAGGCUGUGUCUUUUUACACUGAGCAAAGCAGUCAAGACAUUUCCCAACAGACAUUCCCACAGCCUCCCUGAGCUAGAGAGGCCCUCACUGAGAAUCACCUCUCAGGUGACUGUAAGUGAUGUCAUGUUGUCAUGUCAUUUUAACCAACCAGCACAACUGGCAUGGCCAACUCUCAUCACCUUCUAACUCCCAAAUAUUCUGUCAUCUCAGAGAGGUCCCCAGCCACUGUUCUUACCUUCAGCCUGACUGUAGCUUUAUCUGUUCCAACUCUGCAGACCUGCCAUUUCUAGGAGUGUUGUCUAGAUGGAGUCAUGCAGCUCCUGGCUUGUUGCUAAGCACAGGUGCUGGUGUAUCACACAUGUGUGUCAGUCAGAACCCUCCUCUGUCACUUUGGUUCCUUGGUGUGGCCAGGCUAUAGCUUUUCUGUUGUUGGGCCUGUGGGUGGCCUUUACUUCUCCCCAGUGCUACUCGGAGUCCUCACUGUUCUUGGCAUGUGUACUUUGAGGUAGAAUUGUGCCUGUGCACAGUAAUGGGAUUGCAGGGCACAGGAGCUAGGUGUUCUCUUUGGUGGGUUAGCAUUGUCAAUCAGAUACCUAUGAGGCAGGCUUCUGGGAACACCUUUGAGGGAUUGUCUGGGUUAAGAUUAGCCUUUGGGAAUGAAUGUCAAUAAAGGAUUGCCUGAAUUAAGUUGAAGUGGGAAGACCUGCCCACUGUGGGUGGCACCAUUCCCUAGCCAUGAUAUCCUGGAUUUUUUUUAAGGAUGGAGAAUGUGAGUGGAGCACUAGCAUGUAUGUGUUAACCCAGUGGUCUCUGCUCUGGAAUGUAGACAGAGUAUAACCAGUUUUCUUAAAUGCCUGCUUCUGUAACCGCCCUGCCAUGAUGAUAAUGACCUGGAACUGUGAGUCCAAUGCACCCUUUCUCCCUUAAGUUGCUUUCGUCCGAGAUUUUAUUACAACAACAGAAAAUAAACUAAGACAGAGACCCCCUUCUCUUUGCAGCCUGAGUGGUAGGAGGGCAGGUGUGGACGUCCCUUCCUGACUCUCUGACUGCAUGCUGAACUGGAAGGCAGCCCUAUGGUAAGAGCACCUGUCCUGGGGCUCCCCACUGUGAGAACAACCCAAGCAUCUGGUGGUAAUGAUCCUGCAGGCAGCACCAUCAGCUGUCUUCUCACUCCCUCUUCCUCUAGCCACCCAGGGUGAUGCUCUUGACAUCCAGGAGUUGGGCCAUGUUUCAGUGGCCAGUAUCUUUCAAAUCCACUCCCAUGGUGAAUUCUGGCCUGGGCCCAUUCUCCAUCCAGCUGCCCUGGGUCACUGAGGUGACACUGGAGGCCUUGCUGUAUUGUGACCACCAUACAGCCUAACCCCAACUUUUCAGGUAUCGUCUCCCAGCAUGAGACAAGCUCCUUGGCUACCCUGUAUCCCAUUAUCAGCUAUUCAUGACUGCCCUUCCCACACUUCUUUUUUCUUCCAGUUUCCUCCACAUCCUCCGUGUGAUGACAUGAGGCUUUGGAAGGAGUGUAUCCUAGGUUCCCUUUGAUGUUCAGGGCGGGCAGUAUGAGGGAUGAGAGCCAAACCCCAUGUCAGGGAGAGGGGGGAAGCCUUCCCUAGAUUUGUGGUGUGUGGGCCUGGGGCCUGUCCAGGUGGGCCUGUGCUGGGCGGGAGUGGCCUAGUGUUCAGGCCACAUAGGUGAUUGGCACUGUCCUUUGUCCAGGCCUCCUUCGCUCAAUUUCUGCCAUGGUGACUGCACACUGGGGGUGCUUAUCCUGACCCUUUCCUCUUGGGCAGUGAUAUCCUUGGAGCAGAGCCUCCAUUCCUUGGGGGAACUAAGUAACACACAGGAGCAUCAGGUCAACCUGUGUGUGUGGCCAUUACAUCUCUGCACUUGUGCACGGUGCUACAUGCACACUUGCACACUUGUAGGUGAGUCAUUCUGAGCUCAGCACCUGAAGCCAAGAUAGCUCACCUCUCUGUGGCACACACAGGUACACACCGCUCCUGACUUUAGGAGUAAGCGCAUCCGUGGCCUCCUGCUGAGACACAUGCAUGGAUGUACUAAGGGCGGGUACAUGUCACCUUGUGUUGUGUCCACCAAUGUUCUCAAUCAUGUCUCUGUUGUACCCCAGACUCAAUGGCAGACUUAGAUGUCUCCAUGGAUACAGGCUGGAGUAGAGAAAGUUUGUAGGUUUGGUGGUGCCCUAUGGGACUCCAAUCUUCCAAGAAAGUCCUGCUGGCCUGUCGUGAGCUGGACUGGGCCGAAGUCUGGGUCCCAAGAGAAAGGUCCUAUCUGUGAAGCUAAGUCCUGAGGUUGGGUAGAGAAAGAGACCCCUUGUGGGCAGUGUAGGCCUGCCUCUCAGCAGCAUAGCUUCACAUGUGGGCUUGUGGUCCUGAAGGGCACUGGGGAGCCUGAUGCUUUUACCCACCCACCCAGGCUGUGCUGCAGGCACGGCUCCACUCCCUGUCUAGAUUCUCUGGCAUGGUUGAUCUGAGGACUCACUAUCUCCAGGCUGCUGGCUCCGCACUGGCCACUGUGCUGAGGUGUUUGGUUCUUAUGCCCUCCCUUUUUAACCUGCUCCAUGUCGUCUUGUCCUCACACCAGCCCUGUUCUUGGCAUCGUUGGUAAGUUCCCAGCCCUGGCACAGAGAGCACAUUGCAAUCACCCCUCAGUUAGGUUUCUUGUUUAGAACUCUGGCAAAUACCCCCCCCCCCACACACACACCUAUCUGACUUUAGGGAGUCUAGACACAUGAGCUUUCUGGAGGCUGCUGUUUACAUGUGGCAUCUCUGGGCUGUCUUCACAACUCUGCCUCCUCUGUGCAGAUUGAAGUGACCAGUAUGAUAAAAACAUCUUUCCCAGUCCAAAUGCCUGGGUGCCCUCAUCAGCGUGCUUUCCGAUGGCUGUCAGCUGAGGGUGUCACUGCCUGCAUGUGGUACUAGGGUUAUGGUUAGGGUCUUAGAGCUCUGCAUGGUUCAGUGACAGUACGUUGUCUAUCAUGAUGUCACUCUCUCUUUUUUGUCUCAGUGGUUAGGCAAGUGGCCAUUUAAAGGACCUUGGCCCCUUGGACAGUAGCAGGUUCCCAGCCGAAUUGACUAGAGGCUCCCAAAUACAGGGUCUGGCCUACAGUGACCAUUGCCCACAGCUCUGGCCUGAGAUUGAGGGCCCAACAGUAGCCUCCCAGGUCCCUCUCAUGCUUCCUGACACUCCCUGCAUAUUAGCAGGCCUAAUCUGCUUGUCAUGGCUUUCUGGGGUCUUAUGUGACCCCACCCGAUGAAUGCAUAUCAUACAAAUGCCAUUAGCAUUUAAAAUUUCAAGAUAAGCACAGGAUUGUCACAUCCUUUUCUCUAUGUUGAUAGAGCUUCUUACUUUAAAAUUAUUAUUAUUAUUAUUAUUAUUAUUAUUAUUAUUAUUAUUAUUAUUAUUAUUUUGUGUGUGUGUAUGUGUGUGUCUAUCUGUGUAUGCAUGUCCUAGGACACAUGUGAAGUUCAGACGACUUUGUAUAGUUGGUCUUUGAACCUGUAAAGGGUUCUUGGGAUCUAACUCAGCUCCCUAGGCUUGUGAAGUGGGCACUUUUACCCACCCAGCCGUCUUGCUGGCGGAGCCCAAUGCCUACUUACCUUGUGUAUUAGCUGAGUAAGCUCACCAUCUACUGUACACUUCAAGGGGAAAAAUGGUAUUUCAGUUGUGCAAUGGCAGGAGUGACCUCUGAGGGGCGGGCACUGAGUAGAUCAGACUCACCUGGGUCACACAUGCUGAACCUUUCAGCCUCACCCUGUACCAGGCAGUGCUGCUUUGAUAUCUGCCCCACAGGGUCCAGCCUAGGCCUCCAUGUCAUAGGCCCCCAAACUUAAGCACAAAACUUGUAUCAAUAAUUUAAUGGCUUUAGUGGUGGCGGGGACAAUAUCUGUCUAGUAGUGGGUGGCUAGUGUCAUCCCAGGGUGCUGUUGGAAUCCCAGGUACUUGGCUGGAUGAAUGCGCUGUGAUCCUAGAACCCAGAUCUCAGUGUUUAGUACAGUGGGCCAGGCGCUGCUCUCUGUGUCUGACAUUGGCUUGACUAGAUCCACACCAGGCUGUUGGUCAGCCUGGGUCAGGGUAUAUGUGCCAAUCUCUCUCUAGGCAGUGGAGAAGAUCCUCUGUGUCAGGCUCACAGGUGGCCAGGUGGCUUAGGAUUACUGUUGCUAUGAUGAAGCACCAUGACCAAAAGCAAGUUGGGGAGGAAGGGUUUAUUUGGCUUACACUUCCACAUCAUUGUCCAUCACUGAAGGAAGUCAGGACAGGAACUCAAACAGGGCAGGAACCUGGAGGCAGGAGCUGAUACAAGGGCCAUGGAUGGGGGCUGCUUACUGACAUUCUUAUGGAAGCCAGGACCACCAGCACAGAGAGGGUACCAUUCACAGUAGGCUGGGCCCUCUCCCAUCAACUACUAAUCAGGACCACAGCCUAAAAGUCAUAUCUCAGCCUGCUCCGGAGCAUGCCUAUACACAGAGACCUGACAGCUCAGGUGCAGGGGCAAGCCAGUCCUCUCAGGUGCUGCUGGGAAUGGUCUGAGGUUGAUUUAGCUGUGGCUGUGGGAAGACACAGACUUACUUUUAGAGGCACUCUUGGGGCCAGAGGCUCACAGAUACAGACAGGGCUUCUCACUCCACAUGGAAAAACAGGCCCUGAGGGAGGACAUUUCCUCGAUCUACAGAAUGUGAACAGAGCUGGUAAUAGAGCUUUUCCGCAGCAGGGAUGGCACCCACGUGUUUUCUUGGGUGUGGGAGACUCUGCACAAACCCAGGGCUGAUGUGAGUGCCCCACCUACAGCCCAUACUCUGAUCUCAGCCCUGUGCCUUCGUCUGUGGAGACGCGUGUUUCAGAGGUGUGUCACUUAGGGUGUCGGGCCUUGUUUGGUGUGACAGUAGGGUAACCCUGGGUCUUGUCACCACCCUCAGGCACUUUUGGUGCCACUCUUUACAGGGGUCAGAGGGCCUGGCCAGAUGAAACUACUGCACCUGGCGUCCUUACCCAUGCUGAGGUGGGAGAAGGCAUACCUGGUCCUAGAUGUCUUCUUUUAGUCUUGGAAUGGUGUCCAUGACAGGCAAAGCUCUGUCAACAUGUCCACUGUCACAGGGACAUGUUUGUGCAUGUGUGUGUGUGGGGGGGGGUUGUGGUGUGUAUGACUGUGAGUGUAGGUCACCUCCAUUGAUAGCCGUAACCCUGGUUAGCGUGCAUUCAGUAAGCCUGAUACCGUGAAUUCCCUUGAGUCACUGGGUGAAUGCUGAGUAUUUAUUUCCUCUCAGAAACUCCCUCUGGGUCCUUCCCACCUGAGACCUAUGCCCAUUUUCUAGUCUGUUGUGAACUGCAUGCAUGUACGUGUGAAGUCCAUGCAUGCACAGUCAUGGGGGCUGUCCUUGUAUCCCAUGCCAUGUCUCACGCAUGGCAGCCACGCUGAGUCCUUUCCUUUCCAUUGCUAAGUAGGAGUCUCAUCUCUUUCUCUUCACCCUAGCACCUCAGAGGGACCGAAGGCUCACUCCAGUGCUAAGGCUGCGCUGUCUCUACAGGGUUUUGUGUGUUUCACUUCUGGGCGAGUUUCCCUAAGCAAAAUUGUAGAGCAAAUAACGAGGUAUGUGCUAACUCGAGGUGAACCCGUCCAGCUUUCCAGAGCAGCUGACAUUUACAGGACUGUGUUCUCUCCAGAGCCGGCCGCAGGUGUGGGCAGGGGUGGCUUCUGUGUGUAUUUCGGUGGCUACUGUGUGGUGUGUCCUCCUCUGGGUGCAUCUCAGUCUCUUGCUUGUCUUUGUUAUUACUUGUUCUUGCCUUGUGAGUGUGCGGUUGUCAGAGCUCUUAUGUUCUCAACGCAAGUCCUGUGUCAGGCGCUGAGGGGAGACGUCCCUGCCCCAGGCUUGUCUUUUAUAAGAGUAUCUUAUUGCUAACGUUGUUGAGGUCCCCAGAGUGUCCCAUCCACUGCUGUGGUGUGAACAUGAUUUGUGCCUUACCCCUCACUCAGACAUCAUGAGGAAGGUGAACAUCUCGUCCCAGCCUUGGUGCACGGGGAGGCCUUUGGGAGAUGGUUAAAUACAGGACACCAGGGCAGAGGCCCGUGAUAGAAUUCUGAUGGUUUAGGAAAGGAGACCCGAGAAGUACACAUGUGCUUGUGCCGUGAAGCCUGGAAGGCCCUCAUGAGGGCCUGGGCCAUGUUGUUGAGAUUUCUUUUCUUUAUUAGGUGGCCUGCCUCAGGCAUUUCGUUACAGUAAUGCACCGACGUAUUAAUGGCUCAUGUAUUUGCAGUCUUACGGUUUUCAUAUUUACAGCUCUCACAUUUGGGCCUGACACGCUUGGAAUUUAUUUUUGUGUAUGAGGUGACAUAAGGCUGAGCUCAUUAAAAAAGUUUUUUUUUAAAUAAGUUUGUUUGUUUUCUUCCUGUUGACUAUGUUGGCGCCCUUUUGGAAGGCUGCCAGAGCCUGCUGCUGUGGUACAUCCUGGGCCAGUGAUUCUUGAAUUCAGGUGUGGGCUCUCCGCUGCUGGCUGUUCUGAAGCUCUUCUGGGUGCCCCGACCUUUUGUGUUUCAGUUGAACUCAGCAUUAGCUUGUUAAGUUCUAUUUUAAAAACUUCUGAUUGUGAAGGCUUUGGAGAAUUAACAUCUCAGUGAUCUUGCCUUCCAUCUCACAAAACCACGUUUUCUUCUAUUUGUUCUCCCUUCAGGCAGUUCCUUGUAGUUAUCAGCGACAUGCCUUGUUCAUGCUGUAACAUGUGUUCAAUUCCCCUGAAUGUUCUCAUGGUUUCUAUACCAUCACAAACAACAUUGUUUAAAUUUCACUUUCCAGUUUUGGCCACAGUUCAGAAACAUGGCUGGUGUUCGUACACUGCUACCCUGUGGCACCUGAGAUUUUUCUCGUUUAUUCUUGGAGGUUUCCUUUGGCUUCCUCCGGACUCUCUGCAGGUGACAGACCCAAGACACAGCCCUGAUGUGGACUUCCAGGAUACCCAUUCCGUCCUCCUGUCUUUUCCAUACUGGAGCCCCAAGUGCUAACUUCUGCUCUGUGCUGUCCCUGCUACAUUGUGAUUCUCUCUGCUGCAUAUCCUCAUAGCUCUGCUUCCUGCUUCUGAUGGUAGAUGGGUCGGCAGACGGGCUGAUCUGGACCACAGCUGUGCAUGGUCCCUGGGUUGGGCAUGUCAAUACCAUUGAGUGUCCUUGUAGAGGAGGAAUCUGUAUAUGCUCUCUUUGGCUGCUGGAAUUACUGGUGGUUUGCAUUCCUCUUCCUUCUGUGUGCUGUUUCUUGGGUUUACUGGCUGUUUAGCUGCUGUCUGCCAAGGCCACGGCAGAAUGACCUAAUGCAUGAAGGAUGCCAGGCUGGGUAAGGAGGCUGGUUUGCUUUUCUGUUAUGAGAUGACCACGGUCUCUGAGAGAUGGAGAGGAGAGACAGCCUGGAAGGGACACAGAAGUAGACUGCUUCUAGUCUUGUGGGGAUGCCAGAAAGAUGAGAGCUACACCAGCAGCCCCUCUGCCAUUGCUCAGGACAGAAUCUGAGGGUAGAGAGAGUCUUACCGGAAGAUGCUAGCGUGGCUCCUACCCCUUGCACUGUGGCUUUGCUCACUGCUCUGUAUCUGAAAAAUGGAACAUCAGACGGCAGCUGAGCUGUUGCUGUCCUCCCUGGCUGUCCAGGGGCUGUAGAACAGUGCCCCGGGUGGUGCUGGGUCAUAGUUAGGGAUUUGGCUUUGCUAGGAAUGAAACUGAAUUGCUGUUAUGUGCUGUUAUGUGCCGGAGGGGUAUGAAUUGAUCUCUAAGAGGCAUGCCUCAAGCUGCCCCACCUGUGAUGGCAUGCAAGGUAGUGGCAGUAGAUGACCAGAAGACACUAUAGCAGUCUAGAAACAUGGGGAGAAGGGUGAGGGAAAUGUGGGGAUACUCAUUUCCCUAAACACAUUGUAGCAGAGCUGGCUGAUGCGCUGUGUAGAGGGCUGCAUGGAGCAGAGCUUUGCUUCAGGGCCUGGAAGGAUGGGGCUUGCAGAGACUGAGGUGAGUAAGGGGGGACCAAUGUGAUAUCUGGGCAGAGCUGCCAAAUGGGUGGUCAUAGAGGCUAGCUUGGUGUUCAGAGCCAGCUGAGGACAGAACAUGGGCUACUGACAUUCAGAUGGUGUCAAGUCUAGAGAUCAUCAGGUAGUUCUUGUAGGGCAUGGCUAGUGACAUGAUCCUGGGGAAGUCUGUGCUCUGAUGUUUUGAGUUUGGCCAGGUAAGCAGAUGACCUUGGGGCAUGGCAGUAGUGACAUAUGACUGGAAAGCCUCUGCUAACCCCCACUCCUCUGUAACCUGUCAUAGUGCCCUUAGCCUAUGCUUGUCUGCACUCAUUCCCUGUUUGUUUCCCCUUCCCAUGCAGGCUGCCAGGACUGUGUCCCCUGGGAGGCAGGGCCUUAUUCGCUGGAUCUGCAGUGAUCGGUGGUCUCAGGCAGGCUGCUCUCUGGUCCAAAGCAUUGCAGUUGGUGGCCACACCCAGGGCUGUGGUUCCUGCCAGGCAUAAAGUCCAACAGGACACCAACAAAACCAUGGCUGCCAGCUCCAGUGCCAUGAAGCAGGCGUCAGAGCUGCGGGGCUUCUGCCUGGAGGAUGAGGACCUUACCAGCCUGUACCCACUGUGGAUGGUGCAGCCCACCUGAAUCUGAGCCCUGGGACUUCUGUGGAGUCUUCCAGACAUCCAUGUCCUCAUUCUCCCUACCUCAUCUCCAUCCUCAGCAUCCCCUGCAGCCACACGCAUGGAGACCCUCGGCCCCUCCCUGUCCUCUCUGUCCUUUGGAAGGACCCCAGAAACAGCAGCUGAGCCCUCCACCUUUGAGCAACAGCUGUUGGACUUUCACAAGCGGCAGGACACCCUCCUGGCCAGCUGGUCCCAGCAACAGAGCACACGAUGGCCCAGCAAAACCAGCUGCUGUAGCAGCUGACCAAGCAAAGCCAGUGGCUGGCUGACGGCGUCAAGCUCUCAACCAAAACCCUUGAUCACUUGGUGGCAGUUUGCCUUGCCCAGGAAGCCUCAUCUGCAGUCCCAUACAACGUCCCAGGUGGUGGAACAGCACAGAGACCCAACUGAUGUCCCUGGAAUACCCACCUGUGCCUGGAGGUCUCCUCACGGAUCCUAAAGGCUAGAUCCACCUGAGAAGAGGACCCUCAAUUGAGAAUGUGCCUCCCUCUUACUGGCACACAGGUAAACCUUUCUGGAAACGCCAGAUAUUGUCCAGAGAUGUGUUUCCAUGGCAAUCCUCAUCUAGCCAAGUUGGCAAUGAGGAUGAAUAAUCAACGAGCAUCAACUUUCAACUGAACUCUGGUGUCUCUCUGCCUUAAAUAUGUCUCUUGGAAACUGCUGAAUUAUAUUAAAAAAAAAAAGCUGAUGUUCGGACUUCACUGCGGUGGUAAAUGGCAGCGCGCUCUGCUGAAGAUCCCAACAGGAAUUGGACUCCAGUCAGUCCUUCACAGACCCAGCUCAAAUCUUCUGAGUGUUCUCGUGCACUCCUUGUCAGCCACUCCGCAGACACCUACUCAUUCGGGCGGAGCACAGAGGAGGGGCUAACCCCAGGAUGCUCACUGGCAGAGAAGACUUUUUGCUGAGAUUGUCUUGGCAUCCAAUGGAUCUAUAGCCAUGGCCAUCCAGGAGCCCUGGGGCACCUGUGGUAGGGUCAAGUGUGAGAUGGAGCACGGAAGUGUGAUGCUGGUUGUUGGAGUGGUACCUAGGCACUGAUGAAUGUUCCUCUACCCCAACAGCAAGACACAGCUUGCUCUCAAAUAUCAAUGACGGUAGGUUGAUGGUACUUGAUUCUCUUGGGAGGACAACAGCCACACACUAGGGAGGGUACAGUGGGGAAGGAAGAGUCUCGAGAGUCCCAAGUGAGUGUUUGUGGUAGUUUGAAUAAGAAUCCCCACCACCACCUCUAGGCUCAUAAAUUUGAACGCAUAGGGAGUGGCACUGUUUGAAAGGAUUGGGAGGUGUGGCCUUGUUGGAGGAAGUAGUCACUGGGAGUAAGCUCGGAGGUUUUAAGAACCCAAGCCAGGCCCAGUGGCUUUCUCUUCCUGCUGAGUGUGGAUGUGAAUGUAGGACCUUCAACUCCCUCUUCAGCGCCAUGUCUGCAUGUAUGCCACCAUACUUCCUGCCAUGAUGAUAAUGGACUGAACCUCUGAAACUGUAAGCAAACCCCAAUUAAAUGCUUUCCUUUAUAAGAGU